CAACUGGCUGGUUGACUAUUGCCAUUAUGUGGUAGUGUUUUAUCUAAAAGUAACAGUAUUAGUGCGGUUUUCCCCCCUGUUCGCGUCACUUUGUGAAUGUGUCAACUUCUGUAUUCUUGACAAAAGCUCUCGACGUGAGGCAGUGUAAUGACAGAUGCAUAUUGGAAAUACGUCCCACACAAUUUCAUGAUUGUGUCUUACGUGUAGGAAAUUCAAUUUAAUCUCACAUUAUAAAGAAAAAUUGUAAGAAAUGGCAAGUGACGCAAUAAUCUUACUACCUGCAGAAAUAAUUGUGUGCAUUUUGGAAGACAAAAGUCUCGACUUUUCUGAUGUAGCUAAUUUCAGUUUAACAUGCAGAAGUUUGUACAAAAUUGUCAACGAAAGUAAUAAACUUUGGAAGAUUAAAUUUUUUCAAAGAUGGCCACAUUUAAAAGAAGUAUAUCAUACAAGCAUGGAAUUAGAGGACCAAAUAAAGUAA